UGAGGUUCUGAGUGUCAGUUAGUAUAGCGGUAUACAUUGUUGUGGGUUUAUCCAAAAAUGCCGAGUCAAGAGGUUGCAACAACGAAAGUUGUAGUCCAUCCGCUGGUGCUAUUAAGCGUGGUGGACCACUUUAAUCGCAUGGGAAAAAUCGGAAAUCAAAAAAGAGUGGUCGGUGUACUCCUGGGCUGCUGGAGAGCCAAGGGAAUCUUGGACGUGUCGAACAGCUUUGCAGUACCCUUUGAUGAGGACGACAAGGACAAAAGUGUAUGGUUCCUUGACCAUGAUUAUCUUGAAAAUAUGUACGGAAUGUUCAAGAAAGUUAAUGCUCGCGAGAAGGUAGUAGGCUGGUAUCACACUGGGCCUAAGCUACAUCAAAAUGACGUUGCCAUCAAUGAACUAAUAAGAAGAUAUUGUCCUAAUUCGGUUUUAGUGAUUAUCGAUGCCAAACCAAAAGAUCUUGGACUUCCUACCGAGGCGUAUCAAGCAGUUGAAGAAGUACAUGAUGAUGGUUCUCCUACCUCUAAAACUUUCGAGCAUAUUCCAAGCGAAAUUGGAGCUGAAGAAGCAGAAGAGGUAGGAGUGGAGCAUUUAUUGCGAGAUAUCAAAGAUACUACAGUUGGUACCCUCAGUCAAAGAAUCACAAAUCAAUUACUUGGCUUGAAAGGACUUCACGAACAAAUUCGAGAAAUUAGAGAUUAUCUGCUUCAGGUUGGCAAUGGAAAAUUACCUAUAAAUCAUCAAAUUGUUUAUCAGCUUCAAGAUAUCUUUAAUUUAUUACCAGAUAUGACUCAAAGUAGCUUCGUCGAUUCGUUAUAUGUAAAGACAAAUGAUCAGAUGCUGGUUGUAUAUCUAGCAGCAUUAGUUAGGUCUAUAGUUGCAUUGCACAAUUUAAUUAACAAUAAGCUAACCAAUCGUGACGCUGAGAAAAAAGAAACAGAUGGAAAGAAGGAUACUAAGAAGGAAGAAAAGAAAGAAGAGGAGAAGAAAGGUGAGGAAAAAGCAAAAGCUAAAAGUCAGUGAUCAGGGAAUUUCUGAGCUUGCUCCAGUUGAGACUGUUAAAGUUGAAGACAAUUAAUAACUUUGUGUGUAAUAGUCAAGUCUGUUCACUAUUUGUACAGAAUGAUAUCCCAC